CAGCGCGCGCUCGCGGCGCUGAGCGUGGCACCAGGCGGCCUGGUGGUCGUCAACGGAACACUUGCGCAGAGCGAUCUGCCCAAUGCGUUUGCACCGGUGGAAAAAGGAAAAAAAAGAGAGCCAUGUAGGAGCGCCAGUUAGAAGGGGGGGAGAAAAAGCAGUUAAUUUCGCCGUUCUUUAUGGCGUCUGGCUGCGGAGACGAAGAGGGAACCACGGAGGGCGUUUCGUGGAGGCUCAUAGGCCCGGCCUCGGAGCUUUCCAAGAAGCGCUGCCGUCUCAUGUACUCCUCCCUCGGCCGCGACUCCGACGUCUGCCUCUUCUGCGUGAAGGGGGAGUUUUUCGCCAUGGACGCGCGCUGUUCGCACUCCGGUGGUCCUCUGUGUGAGGGGGACAUCGAGGAGGCGGAUGGGGUCCUGCAGGUCUUCUGUCCGUGGCACGAUUAUGACUUUGACCUCAGGACGGGCAAGUCAGGGACCUCAUUACAGCAACAAGUGUUUGAGGUCAAACUGGAGGACGGCAACGUGCACGUGAAACACGCCAGUCGUCUCUCCUUGCUGCCUUUCCCUGCAGAUCAGAAAAGAUAGACAACCUCAGCCCGGCUGCCUCAUCCUUCAGCCCUCGAACUGUUUCUGCUUUGAUUGCCAUGCACUCAGGACGAUAUCAAGUCGACUGUCUGAAGAGGACAUGACAUCAUCAAAUUGAAUUUUUCUCGCUGGAUUUCCAGGGAGAGACUCAUCACAGACGCUGGGCGUGGAGCUCACUGCUGACCUUGAUAACACAUUGAACAGUGGUAAAAAUGCAACACAAAAACAUUUUGUUUUCCCUAGCAGAUUUCAUUUAACCAACCAGCAUAUUUGAUUAUUGGUUUUAUAAAAUUGUUUGUCUACUGAUAAUUGUGAAGGAUAUCAAGGGAUUCCUGCAGAUGAUAAUAUUAUAACAUCUUAUGGAAAUAUUACUGUGUGAAUAUUUUUUCCCCUUAACUACCCAGUCUUUGCAAUAAUCAUAAUUCAUUGUGGAAGAAUUCCCUUGCAGCCAGAAAUUAAGUCUUCUUCUGUGUUAUUACUGCAGAUGCAGUGGGAGUCAGUACAAUACACAAAAUGCAGUGCUGAUGUGUCAAUUUGAAAAUGCAAUUGCAAUAGACACUAUGAAUAAAACAUAUAGUAGAGAUUAAUAAAAACUUAAGAAUGGUGUCUUGAGGUUAAGACAUGAUAUGCAGUUGCAAAUUAUCACUUUUUAAUCUGUAAAAAUUUGGAUGGGCAAAAAUGAGCACAAUGUAUAUUGGAACAAGCCGUACAUGUGUCUCGAUUUUUGUCACCAAGAAAUGAUGACGCAUGACAACAGUUCCUUCAACCACUCCCAAAUAAACUGCUGCACGUUCAUUAUUUCCCAUGAUGCUUUACCUUGUCCUCAACAAGCACUAUCUGUAGUCUCCAACUGCUUACCUCACAGACACAGUCCCACUUGCUGUGUUGUGGCCUUUGGAUAAAUGUGGACACCUAUUCCAUUGAUGUCCUGCAAUAGAAACUCUUUCACUUUUCAACCUACAUAGAGUUUCGGCAAGAAGAACACACAUGAAGGGCAGUGCCAUUACGACUGUAGCCGUUCUGGUGUUGAGGUGUCUCCAUCAGCAUUUCUCUCCAUUCCUGGCCUGUUCACAAACAGGUUAGUCCGUUACUGACGCAAUGGGAUUCAAAAGGAAUGGUUAGCAAGGCGCCGGAGGAAGGUUCAUGACCUGAAAUGCACCGGUGCUUCAUGAGAAAUGUGUUUUUCUAGCCUUGUGUGUGUGUGUGUGUGUGUGUGUGUGUGUGUGUGUGUGUGUGUGUGUGUGUUUUCUUUAUUCCUUCAUGGUGAGAACAGUGACCAACUGUUUUCUGUCAGUGACAGUGUGGCUCAACGCUCUUGUUUUCCUCCAUGCUGCGUUCCCCGUUGUUCACCUUUUAUUACAGUAAUAAUUCCUCUGCAUAAGACUGUCUGUUAUGUGCGGCAGAGGUCUCACUGUGUGCAUUAUAAUUCAUUACCUGGAGGGUAAUGGGAAUGCGUUCUGGAGAUGCAGCUCUUUUUUAUCAGUGGAAAGGUCAAAGUAAACAUUGUGCAGGAUUCUGGACCACCAUUCAAGUCAGACUUUUCCUAAAUGUUUCCUAAAUUAUUGUUCAGCUAAAAAAAAAUACUUGUUAUUUGUUCCUUUCUUGUUUUUUGUGAACUAUGUAUCUGCAAUGUAUGUCAAAAAUAUCUGCACAGUGCACAUUGCAUACACUAAUUGUCGAUUGUAAGUUGUUAUAUUUGUUGAAGUUAUGAAACUUCUUUUCAUUUGUAUUAUUUAAUUUACAAAUUAAAUUAUGUUAGCACCAUUGUAAUGUAUUUAUAAUAAAAUGGGCCAACACUUAUGUUUCUUAUUCAGAUAAUAAUUUCUUGAGAAAUGUGAAAUUGUUAAACUUUUAUUAGUUUUCAGUGUGUCCUGAAU